UUUUGGUCUUUUUGUCUUCACGUCUUGUUUUCAGGCUCGAGAAAAGUGUUAAACCUGCCUGGUGUUUAUCCGCAGGUGUGACCACAUUUAUUAUUUUUUUUAAGUAUGCCAUCAGUGCCGAACGUGGGCUGGGUUAUUCACAUCUCCAAAGACGGAAUACCGGGAUAGCCUAUAGGAGUUAACGGAGUGCCCGUUUUUUCUCUUCCUCGCUGCCCUUUAUGAGCGACUGAUUGUGUGAUUUUCUUUCUUUGUUUCUUUUCCUCUUAAAUCCCGGAAUGGGUGAUCAAGCAACAAGCGACCGCGGCUGUGUGCAGCAGCAGCAGCAGCAGAAGCAGCAGCAGCAGCUCUGCGCACACUUCAGAGGAAUAACGCAUUGGUGAAUCAGUCGCUGAGGUUUGUAUGUUUGUGUGCAUUAAAGCUUCACCUGCGGGAAUUACAGCUGUCAGAUUAACCUGCACCUGCCUUUAUCUUCGAGUGAACGGGCGGUUUUCUCUGCUGGAUCGAGGACAAGAAUGAACUCGGCUGCUGGAUUCGGAAAACUAUCCUAAAAAGUGCCUCCACCUUGCAGUGGUUCUACAUUUUUUCCAGUCGGAGUCUGUGGCGGAGCCGCUUUCUUUUAACUCGCGAGGGAAACAGAUCCAAUCAUGGCCCGACACUGUCAUAACAUCCCUCAACUCAAACCGUGCGUAACGUUCCGGGUGUUGUGGAUGCUUCAUGCUUUCCUGGACCUGGCCGGCUCCCAGGAGAUUUACGCGCCGCACUCGAUCCGGGUGGAGGGCGACGUGACGCUGGGGGGGCUCUUCCCAGUGCACGCCAGGGGGGUCCCGGGGAUGCCGUGCGGUGACAUCAAGAAGGAAAACGGCAUCCACCGGCUGGAGGCGAUGAUGUACGCGCUGGAUCAGAUCAACAGCGACGACGAGCUGUUGCCCAACGUCACGCUGGGCGCGCGGGUCCUGGACACCUGCUCCCGGGACACGUACGCGCUGGAGCAGUCGCUCACUUUCGUCCAGGCGCUCAUUCAGAAGGACACGUCGGACGUCAGGUGCACCAACGGGGAGCCGCCGGUGUUCGUGAAGCCCGAGAAAGUUAUCGGGGUCAUCGGAGCGUCGGCGAGCUCCGUGUCCAUCAUGGUGGCGAACAUCCUUCGCCUGUUCCAGGAGUUGUGCCAGAGCAGCCAGCCAAAGGCAGACAGAGAGAGACUCGGAGAGAAGAGAAGAGAGAUGAGAUAGAAAGAAAAAGAGAGAACUGAGAGGAUCUCUGACCUGACGUCCCCCUCCAGCUCCGGAUCUCUCAGGUUCUUCAUCCAUCCAUCCAUCAUCUCCGUCCCUCCUCCUCCCUCCGUUCAACCGGUCCUCGGAGCACGUCAUCAUCAUACCUCUCCAUCUCACACCCACAUCCUGCGAUAAAUCAUCUCACUCUGCAGACGAGCUGCUGUCUUUUUUUUUUUUUGUAACUGCUGAGAGACUUAUGAGAGGAGAUGUGAGGCGUGACCACACGGCUUCAUUUGGCUCCAUCUUCACAUCCCGACAUUGUCAAACACGAUUCAUCAGAGAGUUUAUCAGCAGCAGCAGGAAGCGGCGAGGAGACUGACAGGAAGUUGGUUAAAUUCAUAUGUUAUGUUAAUGUCAUAUUUGUAUGAAACUGAUGUUGAUUGUAUGAAGAUUCUUCCAGCGGAGACGUUUACAGCUGUUAAACCACACAAACACACAGUGUAGUUUAUAGCUCAUAGUUGUAAAGUUUCUAAGUGUAUUUUUGUUAUUUCCUAUUAACAUGAGAAC